UGCCGGAAAAAGCUCAAAAACGUCCAGAAUCCUGCUAAAAGCCGAAAAAUUUUCCUUACAAAAGUGAAGCAGCCGGAGUUGAGAUUUUUGUUGAGCGAAUUGGAGUUGAAAAAUCUUGAGCGGAGUUAGAGUGAGUUUGUACAACACUAUAUACGACAUAUACACUUUAUUUCGUCAUUUUUCAGGCAAGUAGCGAUUUUUCUCUCGGAUGGAGGAGCCGAUACACCGUUCAUCAAGAAUAAUCCUUCGAUUAUUGUGAUUCAAAUUGUCGAGAAUGGUUUGGCACAUAGAGAUAAACAAUUAAAAUUAUAUGACGUCAUACUACGUGUGAAUGAUAAUGAUUUUACGAAUAUUAAACAUCAGACAGCUAUUGAUACGCUGAAAACUAGUGGAAAUAAAGUGCGACUGCUAAUUCAUCGUCUUUCACCACCGUUUAGUGAAGAAAUUGAACUCGAACAGUUCGAAAAAUUAGGAAUUUCAAUUGCAGGAGGAAUAGGAAAUGGAUAUUUCACACGGUAG